AUGUCGCUCUCGUUCUCGCGCAGCGACAUCACGCAGACGGCCCAGGCCGAGCGCGGGACGAUGUGCGUCCUCCCGCUCGGCAAGGGGAAGCGGCAGAACAAGCUCGCGCUCGGGGACGUCGACGGCGUCGUGCGCGUCGUCGGAUGCAAGCGGGACGAGCGGAACGUCGUGUUCAAGCUGGAAUGCGGCAACGGCGCGCCGAUCACGUCGCUGUCGUGCGGCGUCGCGGCGCCGCAGGUGGACAAGCUCUUCGCGAGCGCGGGGAACACGAUCCGGGGGAUCAACAGGAAGGGGAAGGAGUUCUUCAAGUUCACGACGAACCUGCAAGACGUGAUCAAGGCGUUGCACGUGGACAACUACAACAUCUACGCCGCGUCCGAGUACGUCGCGAACAUGUACGUAAACUGCGCGGAUUCGCAUUUUUUCAUGUCCAACGACAGGAUACUCGACGUCGUCAUCGCGCCCGUCAUCCUCCCGGACGAGAAGAACCCGAUACUCGCGUGCGCGGACCGCUUCAUCCGCGUCGUGCAAGGAUCGGACCUGUACUACGAGGCCGCGGUGAACGGCGUCCCGACGACGACCGCGAUGAACGCCGCGGGACCCGCGCCGGGUACCGACGCGAAAGCUGGGAAGAUCGAGAUCCUCUUCGGCACCGAGCAAGGCAGCGUCGGCCAGCUAUUUCUCGACGGGAACGCGGUCACGAGAGGGUGGGUCAUCGACGCGGCCAGGGGCGUCGGCGGCGUCAGCGCGCUGUACGGCGACAUGGACUGCACCGGCGACGGGAACUGCGACGUCGUCGUCGGCCGCGACGACGGCGGGUUGGAAGUCUACGCGUUGGACACGAACGGGCAGCCCGCGCUGGUGUAUCAGAAGAGCUUAGGCGAGGCGGUGCAGACGAUACGGCACGGGUGCGUCUCGAGCCCGUUCCCGGAGAUUUUGGUGCACACGUUCAGCGGCAAGGUGCUCGGAUUCGCGCCGGGGUCAGACAGCCGGACGAUCGACGGGUUCGGGUUGGGCGCGGAGAAGACGGAACACGAGGAGAGGCAGGACAACAUGCGCGCGGAGAAGCGCGUGAAGCAGCUGAAUAAAGAGCUCGAGAAGCUCGCGAAGGAGGUGGAGAAAGCGAAGGAGAAUUACGCCGCCGUGAGCGGCGGUCUCAUCGCCGUCGACGGCCCCGCGAAGGUGCUCGAUCGAUUCGUCCUCGACGCCGACGACGCGUGUUACGCGUUGAGUUUGGAGGCGCCCGCGGCGUUGUUCAGCGUGAGCGUGCACUCGGACGUCCCGAUCGAUCUGCUCGACGUGAAGGAUAACGCGGCGAUAUGCUCGCGGUCGCCCGCGGACCCGGCGAACGGGACGCACGCGGCGGCGACGUACAGAGUGAACGAAGGGAACAACAGAGUGGAGCUGAGGAUGCGCGCCAUCGAGGGGAGAGCCGGGACGGUGCGGUCGUUCGUCGUCCCGCGGCAGUCGCCGAAGACGUCCACGGAGAAGGUGCAUCACAUCAAGCCGCUGUGUUUACACCGACGAGACGCGGGCGCGGCGGCGGCGGCGCCCGUCAACGAGCUCGUCGCGAGAGGCGAUUUCACCCUCGACGACGCGCAUCACUGGUGCGUCGUGUGCCUGAACGAGAUCCCGACGCGGACGCCCACGGGGGUCGAACACGCGACGUACGAGUUCGAGAACGUGCUGCUGAAGACGACGCUCAAGAUUGUCAUCGGGGACGGGGAGAUGACGUGCGUCUCGGAUAACGUCUCCCCGCUCGCGCUUCUGAAGGAUCUGAUCGGAAAAGAGGCGACGGAGAACCAGCUCAGGGUGAACUUCAGUUUCAACUUGAGCGACGCCUCGGUGGCUCACUUUUGCGAUCGCGCGCACCCGCUGAUCGAGUACCAGCGCGAGCUCGUGCGGAAGGGCGAGCUCGUGGAGGGGUUGAAGGAGCUCAGGACGCAGGAGAACGGCGACGUGGACUUUUUGGACGACGAGUACAAGCGAAUUCUCGCCGACGAGGCGAAGAUCGUCGCAGAGCUCAAAGAGCAGCCGAGGCGGUUGGAGUACCUGCACGGCGUCGUGAAGGACUUCACGGUCGACUGGCACAAGUUCCGCGGAUCGAACGUGAAGCGCGCGCUCGCGGGGAUCGACGAAGCGCUCGCGCUCGGGGACGUGUCGCGGGAGCGGUUGGAAGAGAUCGUCUCGAGAGGCGCGGCGUGA